AUGUUUAGGAAUAUUAGUGGCGAAACUGACGAGGAAAUGCAAGGUCUAGAUCUGAAACCUUUACAAAAUUUUGUGCAGCGAGUAAUAGUUUUAUCAGAAGAGACGAAAAGUGUUCUACAAUCAGACUGUGAUGAGGCAAGAUUUGCUCUAAAAUCCUGGCCGAAUGAAGCGACCGUACAUAAAGAAAUGGAUAAAAUAUGCACGUGCAAUGCAACGGAGUUGGACGAUCAGCUGCAAAUUAACGAUAUCGAUAGGUCAAUUUUACAAAGGCAAGAGCUGAAGGAAAAGUUGAAAACUAAUCUCUUGAGGGAACGAAGUCGAACUCGUAAACCUGAUGUUCGGGAAAUUUAUAUGCCCAAAUCGAAAAGCUUAACUCGGUCGAAGCGAAGCAGCUCAAAAUCGCAGUCAAGAUUGGAAAGUAGGCAAGAGAGCAGAUCUAAAAUAACGAGUGAAAAAAUUUCGGAUGAAAAUAAUCCUCGGGAAACGAAGCAAAGGUCUUCUUCUAGCAUUCGGCAGAUUGAAGUUGGCUCGAAAUCUUCCAGUAUGGUCAAUAAAAAACUGCCUCAAUUAUCACGAAAUGGUUCUAAAGUUAAUUUAAAAACUGGAUCGCAAACAAAUUACGUUCUUGCUAAUAAGCAGAAUUUUAUUAAGAAUAAAAAACCCUCCGAAAAGAACAAUCUUCUUCCUCCUUUAGUGAGAACAGAUUCGACGAUAUCUGACGAAUUUAUUAAGAUGCAGAUUCAGAAUCCGCCAAAAAUAAUUGAUGAAAGGCCCCUCCGAAAUGGAAAUUGUUCGUUUCACGGCAAUAAUGCCAACACAAAAACUGUAAGAUCUGUGGAUGCAGUAGAAGGACUCGAUAGACAUGGAGUACCUUCGAGUCUUGUGAAAGUCUUAAAAGUUUAUCAUUCAUAUUUAAAAAUACAUCAUUCUGAAACUGAAUCGAGGGACAAAAGAAGUAAAGAAGCUUCUGCUAAAUUUCUGAUAGAAUUCAAUAAUAUGUGUAGUCAAAGAGAACAGACUAUCUCAAAAUCAGAGAAAAUUCCACCUCUAGUAAAAGGUUUCAUAGAAAUCUUAGGAGGACUUUACGACAGGGAUAAAAAUCGAUCAGAAAGACACAAGAAGAUCUAA